AUGGAAGUCUGGGUAGAUGAGCAACUGGCUUCUGAAAAGAGAAUUGCCAGAGAACUUGGUAUGUGGGCUGAGAAAGGGCAGGAAGGGAGACGGGAACUGGCUGAGUCAAAGAAGGGUUCUAGUUCUGAAAACACUGGGCAGAGGCUCACGGAGUCCCCUAAAAACCCAGAACAGAAGAUCAUUAAGAGAGUGAUUGCUCUUGAAGGAGAUAUUGUAAAAACUAUGGGACACAAAAACCGCUAUGUCAAAGUCCCCCGUGGUCACAUCUGGGUUGAAGGUGAUCAUCAUGGGCACAGUUUUGACAGUAAUUCAUUUGGGCCGGUUUCCCUAGGACUCCUGCAUGCCCAUGCUACACAUAUCCUGUGGCCUCCAGAGCGCUGGCAGAAAUUAGAGUCUGUUCUUCCUCCAGAGCGCUCGCCGGUUCAGAGUGAAGAGGACUGCCUUCAAGGAUCCCCCUAAGCUACUGCCACGGGGAGGCACCACGGCCGCCAGUCCCCGAAGUGGGGUGAAGAACAGCACUGAAAAGGGCAAAGCUUCUUGCAAGAAAUAUUUCUAUCUCAUUAAGAUGAUCUGUAUUAUUAGAGUUUUAAAAUAUUAAACAGUGUUAAAUGACACCUGAUAUUAUGUUAAAUUGUAAUACCGUGUUUAAUGUCCCCAAAAUGCAGACUUUUGGAAAUAUGGCAAUUUUAUUCCUAAAUGUCUCAAGGGGGAAACAGUUUGGAUUUUUAUGCAUACAUGUUCUAUUCAUUGUUAGAUUUUGAUUUGGGAGCUUUCUGCUGGAAGAAUAUGAAAACUAAUAUUUGAUGAAAGUAGAUAACUAUUCGUUUACUCUUAAGACGGAGCAUGAAGAAACAUUAUACACAUAGUGAUAGGAAAAACAUUAUAAUUGACAGGAUCUACAAUGCAGUGACUACCAGUUAGGAAGAACAGCAAACUAUGAUGCAAAAAUAAAACAUUGAUUUGUUCAGGUACUGUUUUGGGUGUUUAUCAUUAAAACGGUAAUAGUCCAUUAAUAAGGAAUAUAUUCUUUCUUUUUGGAAAUAAAGAAUUAAAAUGUUGGGGAA